UACUUCAAGAAUUAAACAAGUACACCCAAGUGAUUUGCCUGAUUACUAUAACAGCAGACAUUUAAGGCCAUAGCUUUCCUGUACAAAGGCCAGGUAAGAGCGCGCGUCCGUGUCACCCUCCGGACCUCCUGACGUGGCAACGCUCCUCAGCAGCCAUGUUGGCGGCUACGUCAGCGGGCCGCUUCCCAGAGCUCAGAGCCGCCGCUGCCACGGACACGCCGCUAUCUGCCCUCGGAAAGACUUUGCCUGUUGCAGUGCAAGAUGGCAACUUUCCAGGAGUUCAUCCAGCAGAACGAGGACCGGGAUGGUGUGCGCUUCAGCUGGAACGUGUGGCCCUCCAGCCGCCUGGAGGCCACCCGCAUGGUGGUCCCCGUGGCUGCUCUCUUUACGCCGCUGAAGGAGCGGCCCGAUCUGCCCCCCAUUCAGUACGAGCCGGUGCUGUGCAGCCGCGCCACCUGCCGGGCCGUGCUCAAUCCUUUGUGCCAAGUGGAUUACAGGGCAAAACUCUGGGCCUGCAAUUUCUGCUAUCAGAGAAAUCAGUUCCCUCCUACAUAUGCUGGGAUAUCUGAGAUGAAUCAGCCGGCUGAGCUCCUUCCUCAAUUCUCUACUAUUGAAUAUGUGGUGCAGAGGGGUCCCCAGAUGCCCCUGAUUUUCCUCUAUGUGGUUGACACCUGCAUGGAAGAUGAGGACCUGCAGGCCCUGAAGGAGUCCCUGCAGAUGUCCCUCAGCCUGCUGCCCCCCACUGCCCUGGUGGGCCUCAUCACCUUUGGCCGUAUGAUCCAGGUCCACGAGCUGGGCUGUGAGGGCAUCUCCAAGAGCUAUGUCUUCAGGGGAACCAAAGACCUCAGUGCUAAGCAGCUACAGGAAAUGAUUGGCCUCUCAGUAGUGUACAGGACUCAUUACACAGGAGGCCUCUAAUCUGUGAUUGUGUCUGGCAGGUUUCUGCAGCCAGUGCAGAAGAUUGACAUGAACCUGACUGACCUCCUUGGGGAGCUCCAGCGGGACCCCUGGCCUGUUACCCAGGGCAAAAGGCCGCUGAGAUCCCUAGGAGUGGCUCUGUCAAUAGCUGUAGGCUUGCUGGAGUGCACCUUCCCGAACACUGGGGCUCGUAUUAUGACUUUCAUUGGUGGGCCGGCCACCCAGGGCCCUGGCAUGGUGGUGGGGGAUGAGCUGAAGAGCCCCAUCCGCUCCUGGCAUGACAUCGAGAAGGACAAUGCCAAGUUCGUGAAGAAGGCCACCAAACACUACGAGGCCCUGGCGACACGUGCCUCCACCAAUGGCCACAUCAUUGACAUCUACGCCUGUGCGCUGGACCAGACCGGCCUGCUGGAGAUGAAGUGCUGCGCCAAUCACACAGGAGGUUAUAUGGUCAUGGCAGAUUCCUUCAAUACAUCCUUGUUCAAGCAGACCUUCCAAAGGGUUUUUACCAAAGAUGUUCAAGGGUCUUUCAAGAUGGCCUUUGCUGGCACCCUUGAGAUAAAGACAUCCAGAGAAAUCAAGGUAUCGGGAGCCAUCGGUCCCUGCGUCUCCCUGAAUGCCAAGGGGCCCUGUGUCUCAGAGAACGAAAUCGGAACAGGAGGGACCUGUCAGUGGAAGAUCUGUGGACUGGACCAGAGCUCCACGUUGGCACUCUACUUUGAGGUAGUCAAUCAGCACAACGCGCCCAUUCCCCAGGGUGGUCGUGGGGCAGUCCAGUUCGUAACCCAAUACCAGCACUCAAGUGGCCAGAGGCGCAUCCGUGUCACCACCAUCGCCCGGAACUGGGCCGACGCGCAGACGCAGAUCCAGAGCAUCGCCGCCUCCUUCGACCAGGAGGCCUCGGCCAUCUUGAUGGCUCGCUUGGCCGUGUACCGGGCUGAGACUGAGGAGGGGCCCGAUGUCCUGCGUUGGCUGGACCGCCAGCUUAUCCGCCUGUGCCAGAAGUUUGGAGAUUACCAUAAGGAUGACCCCAAUUCUUUCCGGUUCUCUGAAACUUUCUCCCUUUACCCACAGUUCAUGUUCCACCUGAGAAGGUCGCCCUUCCUGCAAGUGUUCAACAACAGCCCGGACGAGAGCUCCUACUACCGGCACCACUUCAUGCGGCAGGACCUGACCCAGUCCCUCAUAAUGAUACAGCCCAUACUCUACGCCUACUCCUUCAACGGCCCCCCUGAGCCCGUCCUCCUAGACAGCAGCAGUAUCCUGCCUGAUCGCAUCCUCCUCAUGGAUACCUUCUUUCAGAUUCUCAUCUACCACGGAGAGACAGUGGCUCAGUGGAGGAAGGCCGGGUACCAGGAGAUGGCAGAGUACGAGAACUUCCGGCACCUGCUGCAGGCCCCGGUGGAUGACGCACAGGAGAUCCUGCACAGCCGCUUCCCCAUGCCGCGCUACAUCGAUACAGAGCAUGGCGGCAGCCAGGCUCGUUUCCUGUUGUCGAAAGUAAACCCCUCCCAAACCCACAACAACAUGUAUGCAUGGGGGCAGGAGUCGGGCGCGCCAAUCCUGACAGAUGAUGUGAGUCUGCAGGUGUUCAUGGACCACCUGAAGAAGCUAGCCGUGUCCAGCGCUGCCUGAAGAUGUGAGAGAUGCUUAUACUCGCAGUACUUCAUAGCAGCACGCCCCUCUGCACGCCCACCAACACUGGCUAGUGUCUUCAGUGCCCCUGUGAGAAAAGGCUACAUGGACUGCAGACAAACAAGACCAACUGCAAAGAGGAAAAAAUACCUUCUUGUCUUUUGAGCAUAGCAACAAUGUACAGAUUUAGGACCAUUAUACCUCAGAUUAUUUGAUUCAAAAAGUAAUUUAAUACAUGGCAGUGUGAUGGGCUGGGAUGAGUCUCAAACACUACAUUUUUUCCUUCUUCAAAACCGGCAUCACACUGAAGUGGAGUUGUGUUUAUUGUUCUGGAUGUAGUAUUCUUAUGCCAAUAUUGAUCUGCCUAGCUAAGAAUUCAGCAGUCAGUCUCCAUAGCCCAGGAGUUCAGGCAGGAUGCAAGACUGAAUCAUACCUUUAAUUAAAAAAAAAAGUGAGCUUCUGAAUUGUUUGCUGUACCAGACCUGGAGACUGUCAUACCCCUUAGGCUAAGAUGUGUGAUAAUUGUUUCGCUACUCUGCUCCUAGUGAGUCUUACAGCAAUGUUUGUCUCCAGUAGUUCCAGUGGGGAUUCAAGCCAGUGCUUCUCAUUGCAGACUUGCACGGAAUGACAGCUGCCUUUGUCUAUGCUAUUUCUGCCUUGUUUGUAACAGUAUUAGCUCUGGUCUUUCUAAUAAAAACAAACCUGUCAUACCACCAA